UGCUUCGUUGUACAUUUUUUUAUUGUGAUGUUGGGACUAGGAAAUUUACGGAAGAAAUUUGCAGUGCCUAAGAUUGUCGAUAAGCCAAAUCAGUUUUUCAUCAUGGUCGAAGGAAUAUGUUUAUUUACCUACAUACUGGUUUUAAUUCACAUGGUUCUGACGAAGCAGAAUGUACUCGGAAAUAUAAUGAAUAGUUCGAUACAUUGCAACGACAAUAACAGGAAUCAAAAGUUUCGGACAACUGCCAUCUUUCUACAUCUAUUGGCAAUAUUAUCAUGUUUUGCCCAUCUAUAUGCAGACACAUUUUAUGGCCAUGCAACAUUCAUCAAUUUAAUUCGUACGAAUGCUGGGAAAUUCUACUACGGUUUCCAUUGUAGAGAAACUGAUCAUCCGUUAAUGGAAUCGGAAAUUUCGCCUUUCACAAUUUCUUUCACUUUAUUAUUCUUGAUUGUGAAAAUUUUUCUUCGUUUAUCGAGUCAUUUUACCGAAUUGUCGUUCUACAUUGGAGCCAUUGCUAUUGGUCUAACUAUAAAAGAUUUUCUGAACUUACUUUUGCAUAAUCAGUAUCUUCCUAUUCAGAAGAUUGUUCAAUGCUACGAUGACAUGAAACUAUUAAUUGAACAGAUUAAUUCAAUUUGCGGCAGUUUCAUCGUAAUCGUGUUCGUAGCAAGUAUUCCCCAUUUUGCUCGAGAUAGUAUCGCAAUAUUUGAUGCAGCCGAAUGGUGGUUAAUUUUGGACUACAUGCAGUAUGCCAUUCUUUAUCUGGCAUCUUUAACAUAUGCAGCAGAGGCAACCAACAACAUGAGCCAGUUUACGAAAUAUUUGUCCAACUGCACUAAGAAUGUUAAAUCCAUGACAGACCCGGACAAACUGGCGGUGAUUUUUCUGGAAAUUCAGUCUGUUAGAUAUCCCAUUGGAUUAGAAGGAUAUGGAUUCUUUACAGUCACAUAUAAGUUUUUGGGAAGUGUUUUCAGCAUUUUCGUGACAUAUACCCUCAUUUUGCUACAACUUCAAUGAACAACCGUUGGACAAAAAAUUCGCAAAAAUGAUUAAAAAUAUUAAUUUUUAUUCUUUUAACUUUGGU